UUGCUUAUCCCUGGUAUAAAAUAGAAGAAAAACAAAGACACAAAAUUAGCGAAAUACAUUAAAUUAUGAGUCUAUUAGAAAAUAUUAGAGAAUGGUUCACAUCGGAGACAUCCCGGAACAAAAAUUCAGCUCUGGCAGCUGGAUUAUUGUUCUUUACAGGGUGGUGGAUAAUAAUCGAUGCCAUGUCUGGAGAUAGCCAGCAUCAAAUAACGACAGGUCAUGUUUUUAUUGGGAUUUUCGGCACUGUCAGCUUCUGCAUGGUCAAUACCGUUAAAGGCGAGCAUAUAUCAGAAGAUAACACAUCCGAGUCAGGUGCAAGGAUCGCUAAAAUAUGGCUGCUUAUUGGUUUUGUUAUGGGGUUCGCCUCCAUCAUUGCUGCCGUCUGGGUGAUGGUGGACGACUUUAUCAAUAAUGACAAGAAAGAUACCAGCCUCGGAGUAUCCUUGUUGCUUCAAAAUGUGUUUAUAUUAUUUGCCAGUUUGGUGUACAAAUUCGGUCGCAACGAGGAGGAUUGGAACGAGUAAAAGUUCUUCUUCCAUCUAUUAUUAAUUAUAUAUACAUAAACACAUACUUGUAUUCAUAGACCUCAAAGAUUGCGAAAACGUUCGCCUCACUGCGUAUUGCGUUUUAAAACAACAAAAAAACAUAAUCUCAUUUAAAUUAAUAAACGACGAGUCACUCGCAA